AUGGCUGGUCCCAACAAGUUCUAUGAGGAGAUCACCCAUGAGCACUUGAAGGACCUCCAGUUCAUCAGCCAAGGGGCCUUCGGUUCCAUCUUCCGGGCUCGCCACCAAGAUUGGGGGAUCGAUGUUGCGGUCAAGAUUCUCACCAGCAAUACUUCCUUCACCCGAGAGGAACUCCUGAACGAAGCCCGCGCCAUGGAUGAGGCGCGUUUCACCUACGUCCUGCGUCUCUUCGGCCUCUUCGUGGGCGACGUGCUGGCAGAGACGGCUGUGCCCAGACUGGGCCUUGUGAUGGAGUAUAUGGAGAACGGCAGCUUGUCCUCCCUAAUAUACCAGGUCCAUUUUGUGCCUUGGGCCCUGCGGUUUCGCAUCCUCCACCAGGUGGCGCUGGGGAUGAACUUCCUGCACAACCUCAUGCCUCCAUUGUUGCAUCUGGACCUCAAGCCUAGCAAUAUCCUACUGGACGGAGAGCUACAUGUCAGGGUGGCCGAUUUUGGGUUAUCCAAGUUCAAGCGUGGCAGUACUCGGCACACGAGUCAAACCUCCGGGGAAAAGGAUGGAUAUGGUGGGACGCUGGAGUUCAUGCCCCCCGAGGCCUUCUCUGAUUUGAACUACAAGCCAACCCCCAGCACAGAUGUCUACAGUUAUGGGAUUCUCAUGUGGUCAGUAUUAUCUGGCCAGGAACCUUACCCAUAUGUCCACCCUGGCAACAUGAGCUCCCUCUUUAGAAGGCUCAUCCCCCAAGGCCAAAGGCCCCAAACGGAGGACCUGGAGAAGGCAGAUAACGUGUUGAAGCUGAGAGACAUGGUCGGGCUCAUGAAACGGUGCUGGCACAAUGACAAGGCCAAAAGGCCGUCCUUCCGAGAAUGCAGCCAAGAGACGGACACUGUGUAUUCCUGUUACAAACCGCAGAUUAGAGCUGCUGUUCGAGAAGUCCAAGACAUUUUGAAAUUGGAAUACCAGCUUAGCUCUUCCCCUGGAUUGGAGGAGCGUUUGAGUACACUGCACCUGGAAGAACCUCCAUCUAGACAAAAUGAAGCUGUACCCAACGAAGCGUUUUUCAGUGCAAAACAGCAACGGAAACCUCCCACAACCUUUCAGCGUAGUCAGAGUACUCAAAGCAGAAAAGGGACUGAAGGUCCAGGUCAUGAUCAGCCUCAUUAUGCAACGGGAAACAUGCGCACUCAGUCCAGGCUCACAGAUCGCAAGCCACGCCCCCUUUCGGAUAUUUAUCCUUUGCGAACGUUCCCGAUGUAUCCCCCUGGAUUCCAGCACUAUCCACAGUCAUUCUAUGGCCCCCACCGAGGUGCUGAUGGAGUUACACACUGGGAUCACUCCCUCCUGCCAGGCUUUAAUCCAGGAGCUUCACAUGGUGGAAUCCAUAUAUCUGGCCACGACAUCUUAGGACUCCAAAUUGGGAAUGGUAACGUCAUGCACCUUGAACAUGAUCCCGAGAGGAAACCCACGAAAAAGCAAUAACGGCUGUCUACGGAGCAUGGAUGAUUUCCUAUGGACAAUUCCAUUUCCUCUGCUUGGGAGAGCAUCCCAUCCUGAUCCAAAUAACGCUCCCCCAUUUGCCCCAGCUCCCACCGGCAUGCCUCCUGUCUCCUUUGAGCAAUGUCCUUGAGAACUGUCUUGUAGGAUUAAGCCAAGGCCCCUUUGCGACAUGCACCUGGGUGCCACUCUCUGCUUUUGCAUGUUUGUUUGAUUGAUGUGGUGAGGUGACCCAAUCUGAAAUGUUGAGCAUCAAUAUCACCAUCCUGUAACGAACAACUUCCUGGAUCAGGCCAAUGACUCAUCAUCCUGCCAAGUGACUAACAGCAGUUGGUGGCAAAUACUUGGGAGUGAAAUACAGAGGAGUUCAAACCCUGCUGGCUCCUGGUUUUGGACGGCCAUUGGGCAAGCCACCCUCAAUGGGCCCCUUCUCCCAGUGAGUCUGCCUCCUCAGUGCCAUUGUCACCAGCUGCAAUUCCUCCUUCUCCUUUUUCUCUUCAUUGCUACUACUUGCAUACAUGCCAAGGAGAAUGUGGAUACGGAGACAUUUUUCUCCCUCUCCCAUAAUACUAGAACCCAACGGGGUCAUCCUAUGAAGCUGAUUGGUGGGAGAUUCAGGACAGAUCAAAGGAAGGAC